AUGAAGAACAAAAAGAAAAAUUUCCCUCCAAGUCCUCCCAGUUCCCUUCCCAUUCUUGGCCACCUCCACCUCCUCAAGAAGCCCCUACACCAAUCUUUGGCCCGUCUCUCUGCCAAGCACGGCCCUCUUCUCCUCCUUCGAUUCGGAUUCCGUCCUGUCCUCGUUGUCUCCUCCGCCUCCCUCGCUGAAGAGUGCUUAAAGACCAAUGACAUUGUUUUUCCCGACCGCCCUCAAUUUUCUUCUGUUUCUGUUACCACGUACAACUAUACCAAUAUCCCUUUCACCUCCUAUGGACCGCAGUGGCGAGAGAUGCGCCGAAUUGCCACCCUUGAAGCACUUUCGAGCCAUCGCCUAGAAUUUUUUGCCGAUGUUCGUGCUGAGGAGGUUAGGGCCCUUGCCCGACACCUUUUUCGUAACUCUGGAAGGGUGGAGCUUAGGACUUGCUUGUUUCGGCUGGCAGUGAACAUCAUAACGAAGACUAUAUCAGGGAUAAGGUAUUAUGAGGAUGAUGGUGAGAAUGACAAAGAUGUAUAUAAGUUCAAGGAGGUGAAUGAGAAAAUCAACUCCCUUUCUAGCAUGACCAAUGUGGGAGAUUUUUUACCGGCGAUGAUUGGGUGGAUUGCACGUCAUGGAGUGAAGAGAAAAAUGGCGAGGUAUCACAAGUACAGGGAUGAGAUCAUCCGGUCACUUAUAGAAAAGCACAGGAGAAAAAGAAUGGAGGAGAAGGAUAAUAAAAAUGGGAAGUUGAAGGAGAAG